AUGUACAAUCGCGAAGCUCUAAGUCUAGCCAUCAUCACCUGCUUCGUAGUUGCUAAUGCAGACUACUUAAUAGGGGUGGGGAGCCACGAUAUGACCGGCCCGGCAGCCGGAGUCAAUAUGAUGGGUUAUGCUAACAUGGAGCAGGUCACCGGAGGCAUACAUUUCCGGCUCCGGGCACGGGCCUUCGUCGUCGCUGAGACCGACCAAGUUGGUGCUCGAAUCGCCUUUGUUAACCUCGAUGCUGGGAUGGCCUCCCAACUUGUCACUAUUAAAGUUCUCGAGAGACUGAAAUCAAGGUAUGGAGAGUUGUACAGUGAAGAAAAUGUGGCAAUAAGUGGCACUCACACACAUGCUGGUCCAGGAGGGUAUCUGCAGUAUGUGACCUACUCUGUAACUUCGCUUGGUUUCGUUCCCCAGUCUUUCGACGUCCUCGUCACUGCAAUCGAGCUCAGCAUUGUCCAGGCUCAUGAAAGCCUCAAGCCUGGUUCGAUUCUAAUCAACACAGGAGACGUGGAGAAGGGUGGAAUAAACCGGAGCCCGAGCGCGUACCUGCUGAACCCUCCCGACGAAAGGGAUAGAUAUCCGAGCAACGUGGACACGCAAAUGACUCUUCUGAAGUUGGUAGACAAAAGCAGCGGGAAAAGCAGAGGCGCCUUCAGCUGGUUCGCGACGCACGGGACCUCCAUGAGCAAGGACAACAAGCUCAUCAGCGGCGACAACAAAGGCGCCGCCGCGAGAUUCUUCGAAGACUGGUUCGCCUCCACCAACACCAACGCUUCCAGUACUAGUCGUAUCACUUAUGUUAGCCGUAGAAGGCUGAUGAAGUCAGCUUCGAGAGUUGAGGCGCGGGAGGGGCAGGCGUGCGCGAAGACAGCUAGCCAGAGCGCCAAGGUGAGGAAGAACGACGGGUCGCGAUUCGUGGGGGCGUUUUGUCAGUCAAACGUGGGAGAUGUGAGCCCUAAUGUGAUGGGAGCUUUUUGCUUGGACAGUGGAAAGCCCUGCGACUUUAAUCACUCUUCCUGCCAUGGCAACGAUCUGCUCUGCGUUGGCCGUGGCCCGGGAUAUCCGGAUGAGAUCUUGAGCACCAAGAUGAUCGGGGAGAGGCAAUUUGAGAAGGCUGUGGAAUUAUUCACGUCUGCGGAGGAUGAAGUCACGGGGAAGAUUGAUUACCGGCAAAUAUAUCUGAAUAUUACAGAUAUAGAAGUUGUGUUGGAUGAUAAGCAGGUGGUGAGGACUUGCCCCGCCGCGCUGGGGCCAGGUUUCGCCGCCGGGACUACCGACGGCCCCGGCGUUUUCGGUUUUCAGCAAGGUGAUACUGAGAUUAAUAAAUUCUGGAAGCAAGUGAGGGAUGCUAUUCGAGAACCGAGCGAAUAUCAAGUGGAGUGCCAGAAGCCCAAGGCUGUCCUUCUCGACACUGGAGAAAUGUUUUGGCCUUAUGCUUGGGCGCCAGCAGUUGUGCCAAUUCAAAUUCUGAGGUUGGGGAAAUUGGUGUUACUGUCUGUACCAGGAGAGUUUACAACAAUGGCUGGCAGAAGACUGCGCGAGGCAGUGAAGGAAACGCUGAUCGGGUCCGGACAAGGAGAGUUCGACAACUCGACUCACGUGGUCAUAGCCGGCUUAACAAACACGUAUUCACAGUAUGUAGCUACGUUUGAGGAGUACAAACAGCAGCGCUACGAGGGUGCAUCAACGCUCUACGGCCCUCACACGCUUUCGGCUUACAUUCAAGAGUUCAAGAAGCUAGCGCAGGCAAUGGCCGGAGGCGAUAAGAGCGUCGUGAGAGGUCCAUCGCCUCCGGAUCUCUCUGCAGUCCAGCUGAGCCUCUUGCUAGACCCCACGGGAGACUCUCCCCCGUCGGGAGUGAAAUUUGGGGACAUAAAACACGACACGAAGAGCGGGCCCCUCAGGGCAGGGGAUAGGAUGAACGCUACGUUUUGGAGUGCAAACCCGAGGUACGAUCUGCUGACGGAAGGCACAUUUGGUGUGGUGGAGAAGCAGCAGGGUGAUGGUGAAUGGGUGGCUGCUUAUGAUGAUGAUGAUUUUUGCGUUUUUUUCAAGUGGGAUGGUCCCUUGUAUAGUUCGGAUAGCACGUAUGGGUUUGGCACGGUUGAGUGGGAGGUGCCGCGGGAGGCGAGCGCCGGAGUCUAUCGGUUGAGACACUACGGCUCGUUUAAGACCGCUAAGGACUCCCCCGUGAACUACUUCACGGGGGCCUCCUCUGGAUUCACUGUCGUAAAUUAGUAAUUUCUAGUGUAAUGAAUAAAAGAAGUUGGGGGUUUGGUUAGAUUUGCUUUGUUAUGUUUGAAUCCAUCAAUACAAAAUCGUGUAACUGUUACCUUUGCAUUGAUAGUUUUUUGAAACGGAAAAA